GGGCCGCAGCUGUCAGAGCCUCGGCGGCGACGGCAGCGCAUCGAGCCGAGCUGUGGCAGCGCCGCAGCCGGGGCCGGAGCGCAGGAGCCGACGGGGCCCGACCGGGAUGGUGCAGCGGCGGCCCCGCGGCGCACGCACGCGCUGAGCGGGCCCAGGCUGGGCCCCGCGCCCCCCGCGCCCCCCGCCGCCCCGAUCCCGGCCGGCAUGAUGUGCCUGGAGUGCGCCUCGGCGGCGGCGGGCGGCGCGGAGGAGGAGGAGGCGGACGCGGAGCGGCGGCGGCGGCGCCGGGGGGCGCAGCGCGGGGCUGGCAGUGGCGGCUGCUGCGGGGCGCGCGGCGCGGGCGGCGCUGGAGUCUCGGCCGCGGACGAUGAGGUGCAGACUCUGUCGGGCAGCGUGAGGCGGGCCCCGGCCGCAGCCCCCGACACCCCCGGCUGCGCAGCUGCUGCCAAGGGCCCGGGCGCGCAGCAGCCCAAACCGGCCAGCUUGGGCCGCGGGCGGGGGGCGGCCGCCGCCAUCCUCAGCUUGGGCAACGUGCUCAACUACCUGGACAGGUACACCGUGGCAGGCGUCCUUCUGGACAUCCAGCAGCACUUUGGGGUCAAGGACCGAGGCGCCGGCUUGCUGCAGUCAGUGUUCAUCUGCAGCUUCAUGGUGGCUGCUCCCAUCUUCGGCUACCUGGGUGAUCGUUUCAACAGGAAGGUGAUUCUCAGCUGCGGCAUUUUCUUCUGGUCGGCAGUCACCUUCUCCAGCUCCUUCAUUCCCCAGCAGUACUUCUGGCUGCUGGUCCUGUCUCGGGGGCUGGUGGGCAUCGGCGAGGCCAGCUACUCCACCAUCGCGCCCACCAUCAUCGGCGACCUCUUCACCAAGAACACGCGUACGCUCAUGCUGUCCGUCUUCUACUUCGCCAUCCCACUGGGCAGCGGCCUGGGCUACAUCACUGGCUCCAGCGUGAAGCAGGCAGCCGGAGACUGGCACUGGGCCUUGCGGGUGUCCCCUGUCCUGGGCAUGAUCACAGGAACGCUCAUCCUCAUCCUGGUCCCAGCCACUAAGAGAGGCCAUGCCGACCAGCUUGGGGACCAGCUCAAGGCCCGGACCUCAUGGCUCCGAGAUAUGAAGGCCCUGAUCCGAAACCGCAGCUACGUCUUCUCCUCCCUGGCCACGUCGGCUGUCUCCUUCGCCACAGGGGCCCUGGGCAUGUGGAUCCCGCUGUACCUGCACCGCGCACAAGUCGUGCAGAAGACGGCGGAGUCGUGCAGCAGCCCGCCCUGCGGGGCCAAGGACAGCCUCAUCUUCGGGGCCAUCACCUGCUUUACGGGCUUCCUGGGCGUGGUCACGGGUGCAGGGGCCACGCGCUGGUGCCGUCUGCGGACCCAGCGGGCCGACCCCCUGGUGUGUGCCGUGGGCAUGCUGGGCUCUGCCAUCUUCAUCUGCCUGAUCUUCGUGGCUGCCAAGAGCAGCAUCGUAGGGGCCUAUAUCUGUAUCUUCGUUGGGGAGACACUGCUGUUUUCCAACUGGGCUAUCACCGCUGACAUCCUCAUGUACGUGGUCAUCCCCACCCGGCGCGCCACGGCUGUGGCCCUGCAGAGCUUCACCUCCCACCUGCUGGGGGACGCCGGGAGCCCCUACCUCAUUGGCUUUAUCUCAGACCUGAUCCGCCAGAGCACCAAGGACUCCCCGCUCUGGGAGUUCCUGAGCCUGGGCUACGCGCUCAUGCUCUGCCCCUUCGUCGUGGUCCUGGGGGGCAUGUUCUUCCUCGCCACGGCACUCUUCUUCCUCAGCGACCGUGCCAAGGCUGAGCAGCAGGCUCUCCCACCUCCCCCUGGGGCUGACGAGGUCCCUGCCCAGCACCUCCGGUCAGCUGGCCCCCACGACGCGAUGUGCCAGAGCAGUGCCCGGGCCCGGCCCCUGCUGACGCGCCACCCUGACCCCCGCCCGUCUCUCCCCCAGGGUGAACCAGCUGGUGAUGCCGCCCGCAUCUGUGAAAGUCUGAGGUGGUGCCACUGGGACAAUGAAGAACCCACACUCCCACCUGGUCUGGAAGGUGUCCUACAGCGUCCGGGACCGCCUGGGCUGCCCACCAGCCUUUUGUAUGAUCCACGGCUAGGCGCCCACCCGCUCUGGCCAGGACCUGCUGAGUGGCCCUGGCUUCAGGAAGAGGCGGUGUCCUCAGUCACCCUGGAAGGCUGUGUGUGUUGGAGCCACGAGGCUGGACAGAUUCCUGGCCCUAGGUUUGGGCUGCCAGGCCCCUGGGGCCAAGGAAGAAGGCAGCCCGAAGUGGGUGUCCAGCGAGAGCCUGGCCUGCCACCAGCCUAUGUGAUCCUGGGCAAGUCCCUGCCCUCCCUGGAACGCAGGGCCAGGCGGCUGGACUUUCCCAGGCAACUUGCUGGGCAAAGCACGAUCCGCAGUUUUGAAGACUCACCAGGCCCUGGGCCAUAUGGAGAGGAAACGGCCCAGGUCUCGGGGCGGCAGUCCCAGCUUUGAGGCCCAGGUGAGGGCCGGCAUUCAGGACCACGGCUUUUCAGCUGGCCUCUGACCUUGGGGGCAUUGGACUCAACCUGGCAGAUGAAGCUGGGCACCCCCUGGCCGGGCGGGUCUCGCUUGAGGCCACUGUCUAUCUCGGGUUGGCUGGUGGCCUGGAGGUCCCAGGUGGGGACUGUUCUGACAAGCUGGCAUCACCAGGGGUGAAGGCCCUGGCUGCAGCGGCACACCACCUGGGCCCCAGGAAUAUUUCUGCUGUCUAGCCCUUCCCUGCCACCACCCCAAGCCAGGAACCCACUCCCUCCAGAGGCUGGGCUGAGCCUUGGCCAGGGCCAGGGCCCGGGCCCGGGCCCAGAAGACCAUUCCCAGAAUUUAUGGGGCAGCCGCCAGGCCUCCACUGCCGGAGGAAGCAGCUCUCCACAAAGCUUCCUGCAUGGGCUGAGGUGCUGGGAGAGGCCAGCCCCUAUCACACAAAUGACCCCCUGGGGCCAGGCCUUCACUCUGGCUUUGAUCACCCCACUCACGCCUGUGCGCACACCAAGAUGCAGCUGCCAACGUCACACCAGCCCCAAACCCCUUUGGGGGAGCUUAGCCCUGUGUCACACACUCCCUGCACAUUUGUUGCCAUCAAGGUGGUGCUGGUGUCGGGGGCCCCAGUGGCCAGUAGGAGACCCCAAGAGCUGGCUUGGACAAUGCUCUUCCUACCCCUUAGUUACUGGCUGGCUGUGGCUUCAGUGGGUGUAAGCUAGUGGAAUACCCACCCACCGAGCUCUGGGGUACCCGGGGAGGCUUGAUGAGGGUGGGGUGGGGGUGGUUACCCCCGAAGCCCAGCCUCCACCCCAGCCUCAGCCGGGGCCCCAGCGAUGUUUUCUUGUUGUACAAGAACUGGUCCAAGUGUUGCCUCCUCUUCCUUCCGGAAGCCAAACUGCUCCUUUAUUUUUUAGAGCUGCUGAUUGAUUGUGAAUCUCAGAGUCUUAAGAGAGAAGCCAAAUAUAUUCCUCUUGUAAAUGAAGAAAUAAACCUAUUUAAAUCAC